AUGUAUGUUGAAGCUGGGGCCUAUAUUGAUCUGAUUACUUUUUCAGUAUCAGUAUGUUUACAAGAGCUGGCUGAAGAAGUGGCCGGUCACAAAGAACAAGGUUUUGUCUCCUUCGGAAACUCCAACACCUAUCAGGCGACUGGCAAUGAUCAUAAGCAAAGUGUUCAAACUAUCAAGUUCGCCAAGCCUUACGGGACGCCACCGACUGUAGUGUUAUCAUUGGAAGCUAUAGAUACAAAUAAAGACGUAAACAUGAGGUAUUUUCUUCACAUGGGAGUGAUCACAACAACAAGUGCUCAAAUCAUUUUGGAGACAUGGGCAGAUUCAUUGAUCUACAGUGCCCAAGUGCGCUGGUAUGCAUUCGAUUAG